AUGACUGGGAGGUGUUUGCUUAGAAGAAGAACCAUGGUGUCCUCUAAAGUAGCAAGUUGUGAGAGCUCUGAGGCAGUGUUGAGUGUUCAAGAGCACAUAAAGAAACCACUGACUUCAGUUCCGCAACGCUAUAUUCACAAUCAUGAACCUUCAGCUUCCCAAGAUAAAACCUUGUGUCAUACAAUCCCAACCAUCAACCUAAAAAAGCUGAUUCAUGGAGAAGCUACUGAACUUGAACUGGCCAGAUUGCACUCAGCUUGCAAGGAUUGGGGUUUCUUUCAGUUGGUGGACCAUGGAAUUAGCCCGCUAGUGUUGGAAACGCUUAAAGAUGAAAUUGAAGGAUUCUUUAGGAUUCCCUUGGAAGAAAAGAUGAAGUACAAGAUAAGGGCAGGUGAUGUUGAAGGCUAUGGAGCUGUGAUCAGAUCAGAGGAUCAAACACUUGAUUGGGGUGAUAGGUUAUUUAUGAUAACCAACCCUCUUAGCAGAAGAAAACCACAUCUUUUCCCGGAGCUCUCUUCAUCCCUUAGGAAUAUCUUAGAAUCAUACAUUGUGGAGGUGCAAAAUGUUGCCAUGACAUUUGUUGUGAUGUUGGGAAAAGCCCUGGAGAUAGAGAAGAAAGAGUGGGAGGAGAGGUUUGAGGACGGGAUGCAAUCUGUGAGGAUGACAUACUACCCUCCAUGCCCACAACCAGAGCUAGUGAUGGGUCUCACUGCACAUUCAGAUGCAACAGGAAUCACCAUCCUUAACCAAAUGAAUGGAGUGAAUGGCCUCCAGAUUAAGAAAGAUGGGAUUUGGAUCCCAGUCAGUGUCAGCUCAAAUGCACUUGUUGUCAACGUUGGGGAUAUUCUAGAGAUUAUGAGCAAUGGGUUAUAUAAAAGUGUUGAGCACAGGGUAACAGUAAAUUCCGAAAAGGAAAGGAUUUCCAUUGCUAUGUUCUUCGCCCCCAAGUUUGAAUCAGAAAUUGGACCUGCAGUUAGUCUCACAAAUGGAGAAAAUGUUCCUCACUAUAAAAAGGUCAAAAUGGAAAAAUAUGUCCAAGAUUUUUUCGCUCGCAAGCUGGAUGGAAAAUCAUACUUAGAGCAUAUGAAGAUCAGAGAUGAAAGUCUGAUUCUGCAAGAGAAAAUAGAUUAUCUGUGA